CGUGAAGGGCUGGCAGCAAGGAGCCAUGGGGAAUAACAGCGUGUUCAGCCCGGCGGGAGCGGCUCCGGCGGCGCCGGCACAGCCGGGAAUGUACAACAACAUGAGCAUCACCGUGUCCAUGGCCGGCGGCGGCUCCGGCGUCCCCACCAUCAAUCCCAUGGGAGGGCAGGUGCCCGGGAUGAACCCCCUGCAGAUGCCCGGGAUGAAUUCCAUGUGCUCGGAGCAGGUCCCGGAUCCGGCGCUGAGACCAGCAGGGCUCUACUGCAACCAGCUCAACUCCAGCGAGCUGCUCAAGGCAGAGGCAGACGGGGCCCAGGUCAGUAAUGAUUCCCAAAAUAAUGGUGGAGAUUCCCAAAAAAAAUGGCUGGAGAUGGUGGAGAUUCCCAGAAAAAUGGCUGGAGGGCUCCCAGGAUGGUGGAGAUUCCAAAAGGAUGGUGGAGAUUCCAAAAGGAUGGUGGAGAUUCCAAAAAAAAAUGCCUGGAGAUGGUGGAGAUUCCAAAAAAAAAUGGCUGGAGGGUUCCCAGGAUGGUGGAGAUUCCCAAAAAAAUGGCUGGAGGGCCCCCAGGAUGGUGGAGAUUCCCCAAAAAAAGGCUGGAGGGCCACAGGAUGGUGGAAAUUCCCAAAAAAGGCUGGAGGGCCCCCAGGAUGGUGGAGAUUCUCAAAACCAGUCCCACCAGCAUUGGGUGACACCACUUGGGGUUGAGGCCACCACAGACCCACCAGGGCUUGAAGCCACCACGGUCCCACCAGUGUUGGGUGAUGAUGAACCCUUGGAGUGGGUGACAGCCAACCCUUGGGGUUGAAGCCACCACAGGUCCCACAAGCGUUGGGUGACACCCCUUGGGAUUGAAGCCACCGUGGUCCCACCAGUGUUGGGUGACAUCUCUUGGGGUUGAAGCCACCACAGUCACACCAGAAUUGGGUGACACCCCUUGGGGUUGAAGCCACCACAGUCCCACCACCAUUGGGUGAUGACCAACCCUUGGGGUUGAAGCCACCACAGCCCCACCACUGUUAGAUGAAACCCCUUGGGGUUGAGGCCACCACAGACCCACCAGCAUUGGGUGACACCCCUUGGGGUUGAAGCCACCACAGUCCCACCAUCACUGGAUGAUGACCAACCCUUGGAGUUAAAGCCACCGUGGUCCAACCACC